AUGUAUUCAAAGAAGUUUGGACGGCUCAUCUUAGGGUUUUGUACCCGCUGUUCAACAAAUGUGGUGAAUGGCACUUCUACUUCAGCUAGGACUGCAGUCAGCUGGACUUCAGUAUGUAAACAUGGCACGCAGUUUCUGGAGCGUCGCUCUCAAAUGGGUUUCGAGCAUGUGAGGUAUGGUACUAUUCCGUUUUAGUUUGCAGAUGUGGUCUGAGUGUCUUGGCGAUUGCACAUGGACUCAGUUGCCUAACUAACUCAAUGCUCUUGGAAAAUGGUUUCGUUCCAUGUCGUCUUUUUGCAGCCAUGCUGCGAAUCUCAGAAGGGCGUAAUCUCAGUAUGGGUAUUCAUCACUAGACUAGAAAGCAAACGGGGAGGGGCCUACGUGUGUCCAAUAGAAACUCGUUUUCUACUGUUUGAUACAUUUACAUUUUAGUCAUUUAGCAGACGCUCUUAUCCAGAGCGACUUACAGUUAGUGAAUGCAUACAUUCUUUUUUUUAUACUGGCCCCCCGUGGGAAUCGAACCCACAACCCUGGCGUUGCAAAUGCCAUGCUCUACCAACUGAGCUACAUCCCUGCCGGCCAUUCCCUCCCCUACCCUGGACGACGCUGGGCCAAUUGUGCGCCGCCCCAUGGGUCUCUCGGUCGCGGCCGGCUACGACAGAGCCUGGAUACGAACCAGGAUCUCUAGUGGCACACCUAGCACUGCGAUGCAGUGCCUUAGACCACUGCGCCACUCGGGAGACCUCAUUAUGAUACCGUGUUCAUUAAUUAUUACACCCCAGGGUUGUAUUCAUAAGUGCACGCCUUAGCAAAACUGUUUACUCCAAAUGCUCUCUAGUGUUAUGUAGACGGUUUAGUUUUGCUUCUGUGUGUGCCAUCCCUACUCCACAAGGGGGCAAAAGGGGCCUCAGUUGAAACUUGUGCCCCCUCAGUUUUAGUUUCAUGUCCCUAUAUAAAAAUAGCAAAAAAGUUCAAAUGAUUGAGUGACAAGUUGGCGCAAAAUCUGUAUCUUCACCCUGAAGAAGGCACAGUGAUGCCGAAAUGUUGGUGGUUUUUUACCCAAUAAAUUACUGAGAGUUUAUACAUGGCGUGUGACUCUCUUUAUUAGUUUUUAUAGAUUAUUCAAAGUAGCCACCCUUUGCCUUGAUGACAGCUUUGCAAGCUCUUGGCAUUCUCUCAACCAGCUUCAUGAGGAAUGCUUUUCCAACAGUCUUGAAGGAGUUCCCACAUGCUGAGCACUUGUUGGCUGCUUUUCCUUCAAACCAUCUCAAUUGGGUUGAGGUCAGGUGAUUGUGGAGGCCAGGUCAUCUGAUGCAGCACUCCAUCACUCUCCUUGGUCAAAUAGCCCUUACACAGCCUGGAGGUGUGUUGGGUCAUUGUCCUGUUGAAAAACAAAUGAUAGUCCCGCUAUGCUCAAACCAAAGUUCUUGAAAUUUUCCAGAUUGACUGACCUUCAUGUCUUAAAGUAAUGAUGGACUGGCGUUUCUCUUUGCUUAUUUGAACGGUUCUUGCCAUAAUAUGGACUUGGUCUUUUACCAAAUAGAGCUAUCUUCUGUAUACCACCCCAUACCCUGUCACAACACAACUGAUUGGCUCAAACACAUUAAGAAGGAAAGAAAUUCCACAAAUUAACUUUUAACAAGGCACACCUGUUAAUUGAAAUUUAUUCCAGGUGACUACCUCAUGAAGCUGGUUGAGAGAAUGCCAAGAGUGUGCAAAGCUGUCAUCAUGGCAAAGGUUGACUACUUUGAAGAUUCUCAAAUAUAAAAUAUAUUUUGAUUUGUUUAACUAUUUUUUGGUUACUACAUGAUUCCAUAUGUGUCAUUUCAUCGUUUUGAUGUCUUCACUAUUAACCCUGGAAUGAGUAGGUGUGUCCAAACUUUUGACUGGUACUGUACAUAUCGUUAAUGUUCAUCAUAGAAAUAGAUACAUUCUAUUAUGGUUUUCUUGAUAGCCUAUUGGUUUUCGUGAUUGUGAAUGGAACUGUAGGCCUACGUAUUGGAAACGUGUUUAUGGUAGGCAUUACUUAAUUGAUUUUGUGGUUCGAAUUUGAUCCACAGAAGUGUAUUGUGCCAUAUCACAACGUAUUGCUGUACUCAUGAGCGGCAUGGUUUUCCAUUUGUUUGGCAAGACUGCUAUAAUAGGCUGUAGGCUAUGUUGUGGUUAUUUGGAUCUCCAUUUGCCUUUUGUUUACUCUGUUUGUUUACUAUUAAUGUAACUAGCCUAAAUAUAGAUUUUGUCAUGCCUUUAUCGAUCUGAUAUUUUGUUUACUAGGCCUACUUGGUACCGCUGUUUUGUUCCGUUCGCAUUUUGCAGUUGUCAGUAUUCAAACCCAAACUGCUAUUCAGUAUUUCUGCUUGCAUGCAUGAAUAACUAGGCUACUACCUUCAGCAUUUAGUUAGCAUUAUUUUGGUAAGCCAUUCACAUGGGCUGUUUGUAAUGGGUAAAUUACCCUAUCUGUCUUGUAGCCUAUAUGCAUGACCAAAAUGGCCUUGUUUAAGUGUGUAGGGCGCUGUCCAUUGUGCUGAGGAGAUGGGCUACAGAUUUCACACCAACCUGUCACUUCAAAAGCAAUCAAUCAAUGGUCUCGGAGUCUCAGCAUUUUAACUUUAUGUUUAAUGUAGUAUAGUGUGAUAUAAGCAGAAUUCUAUAUAAUUCCAAUGUAUGAACCCCCCCCAAAAAUUGUGCGCCCUCACUGAUUUCAACUGCCCCCUUAGUCACUUUAUCCUGGCGUUGGGUCUGGUGCGUGCUCUAACGAAUACGACCCAGGCGUUGUGAGAUCUACGCUGUGUGACUGCAAUAGAGACGACCUGGGACGUCCCCAAUGUCUGAUACAUGUCAGUAUUUGAGUGCCUAAUGACAACUGUUUUGCAUCUGUAGGACUCGCUCUGCCUCCAAGACCACUGUGGACCCAAAUGAGGUGAAGAGGUUCCAGCUUUUCGCCAACAAGUGGUGGAACGAGCAGGGAGACUUCGCAGCCCUCCACUCAAUGAACGACCUCAGGGUGCCUUUCAUACGGUGUGUGUGUGUAUGCCUAUAGUUUAUUCACCCCAUUGCAUAUUAGAUGCCACAAUCAUCCACUGAUUAGGGCUACUUUAGACCUAGAAUCUAUGUCAGAGCCAGUUACAGUGAGGGAACAAAGUAUUUGAUCCCCUGCUGAUUUUGUACGUUUGCCCACUGACAAAGAAAUGAUCAGUCUAUAAUUUUAAUGGUAGGUUUAUUUGAACAGUGAGAGACAGAAUAACAACAAAAAAAUCCUGAAAAACGCAUGUCAAAAAUGUUAUAAAUUGAUUUGCAUUUUAAUGAGGGAAAUACAUUUUUGACCCCUCUGCAAAACAUGACUUAGUACUUGGUGGCAAAACCCUUGUUGGCAAUCACAGAGGUCAGACGUUUCUUGUAGUUGGCCACCAGGUUUGCACACAUCUCAGGAGGGAUUUUGUUCCACUCCUCUUUGCAGAUCUUCUCCAAGUCAUUAAGGUUUCGAGGCUGACGUUUGGCAACUCGAACCAUCAGCUCCCUCCACAGAUUUUCUAUGGGAUUAAGGUCUGGAGACUGGCUAGGCCACUCCAGGACCUUAAUGUGCUUCUUCUUGAGCCACUCCUUUGUUGCCUUGGCCGUGUGUUUUGGGUCAUUGUCAUGCUGGAAUACCCAUCCACGACCCAUUUUCAAUGCCCUGGCUGAGGGAAGGAGGUUCUCACCCAAGAUUUGACGGUACAUGGCCCUGUCCAUUGUCCCUUUGAUGUGGUGAAGUUGUCUUGUCCCCUUAGCAGAAAAACACCCCCAAAGCAUAAUGUUUCCACCUCCAUGUUUGACGGUGGGGAUGGUGUUCUUGGGGUCAUAGGCAGCAUUCCUCCUCCUCCAAACACAGCGAGUUGAGUUGAUGCCAAAGAGUUCUGACUACAACACUUUCACCCAGUUCUCCUCUGAAUCAUUCAGAUGUUCAUUGGCAAACUUCAGACGGGCCUGUAUAUGUGCUUUCUUGAGCAGGGGGACCUUGCGGGCGCUGCAGGAUUUCAGUCCUUCACGGCGUAGUGUUACCAAUUGUUUUCUUGGUGACUAUGGUCCCAGCUGCCUUGAGAUCAUUGACAAGAUCCUCCCGUGUAGUUCUGGGCUGAUUCCUCACCGUUCUCAUGAUCAUUGCAACUCCACGAGGUGAGAUCUUGCAUGGAGCCCCAGGCCGAGGGAGAUUGACAGUUAUUUUGUGUUUCUUCCAUUUGCGAAUAAUCGCCACAACUGUUGUCACCUUCUCACCAAGCUGCUUGGCGAUGGUCUUGUAGCCCAUUCCAGCCUUGUGUAGGUCUACAAUCUUGUCCCUGACAUCCUUGGAGAGCUCUUUGGUCUUGGCCAUGGUGGAGAGUUUGGAAUCUGAUUGAUUGCAUCUGUGGACAGGUGUCUUUUACACAGGUAACAAGCUGAGAUUAGGAGCACUCCCUUUAAGAGGGUGCUCCUAAUCUCAGCUCGUUACCUGUAUAAAAGACACCUGGGAGCCAUAACUCUUUCUGAUUAUAGACUGAUCAUUUCUUGUCAUGGGCAAACGUACAAAAUCAGCAGGGGUCAAAUACUUUCCCCAUCCUCACGUACAGACCCUUAGACCCGAGGGACUGGAUCCAGAAUUCAAAAUAAUGUCAUGGGUCUGGGUCGGAUCUGAUAUGAUUGUCACGGCUCGUAGGUAUGUGUCAUUUGAACGGACUUGUCCGGAAGAGCCCGUACAGAUCCGAACACGACUGCUGCAGUAGGGGGAGAGAGGGAGCAAUUUGUUAAAUUAUGCAGCUGCUCUUGCUUUUCACGAGAGUGGAGCGUGUAGUUUGUUGUUUGUUGGCCAAUCAUAAAUCAUCAAAGCAGCAAAAGGCUACAGUCAUAGAGCCUCGCUCCGUGUGUGGCAAAAGCUAGGAGAUAUCGAAGUUAAUCAAUGGAAGAUGGAAUUAAAAUGACGGAAUUAAAAGUUAAAGGAGAAGGAUAGGCUACAAUGACCAAGAGCCAACCGGUAGGGUGCAACUUAAUAUUUUGAAUGCAAUUGUUGUUAUUUGUAACUGUAGGAUGAGAAAGCGCAUGCACUGUAGCCACAAUUAGCCUAGCUAGCUAACGUUAGCUAGCUUAACUAGCUUCUCCCGGUUUGAUGCAGUUAAAACAGGUACUACUUAAUCAUAGCUAUGGCAGCUAUUAGUCUACUAUAGCGCGAGUCGGCUUGGUUGGUUGCAGUCUCUAGUCUCUCCCUCACUGCUCCCGUAUCACUCGCUCACAGUACGGCCCCUCCCCUGCCUGUUAGAGGAGCACCUCUCUUUCACUGAUGACAUUCGUUAUGUGAGCUAAAAUGAUGUCAGAGCCAGGCAGUACAAGUUAGUGACAGACCCCAGUUGAUCCAUGUUACAUUGAGACAAAAAGUUCAGAAGUGAGAAAUGCCUGAAGUAGGUGUGAGGUCAAAAAUAGAGGUUCGGGGGCUUGUAUAUGGAUAGGGUUGAUACAAGGGCAGAUGAUAUGGAAAGAGUUGAUUCCUCCACAUCAAAGCUAUGCAAGCUAUAUGUCUGAGGGUAUUUCGAUUGAUAAGAUAUGCAAUAUUCUCCACGCCUAAUCAGUGCGUUCCCAUUCAUCCAGCCUACAGUAGCAAAUCCCUUUCCUUCCUGUCUGUGAACUGGCGGUGAUGAGUCUCAGUGGUGACAGUGUGACUGAGGGAUGUCUUACUCAACACUGAUGUGUCUCUGCCCUCAGGUUAUGUUUAAACGAGGGGACAACAGCACUGAUUUGGUUGGUUUAGCAUCAGAAUCCUCAGUUUUUUAGGAAUGUUAUUUGUUUAUUUACUUAUGCUAGCGUAGUUUGCGAGCAGAAACCAGAAGGAAGCGCAGCGGUAGGCUACAUGGUCCCUCAUCAAAAGCAUUAGAGUUGUGUGUGGAGAUGGGCUGGAUGGGUAGUGUUUAGAGUUGCUGAAGGGCGUCCAGGCUAAAGCUCUCUCCCUGCAGCCCUCUCAGGCUUUCUCUCCCGCUCUCUGUGCCAAGGCUGUGGGAGAUCCAGUGGCAGGGCAGUAAUGAGGGGGACACACAUGACUCCUCGCCCGCUCCAUAUACAUCUUGCCUGGGGGGACAGCAGCCAGAGGGAAUGGGCCGGAGAUGGGGGUCAAGAGAGGGAAAUGUAAUUUAGCUAGGGGAUUAUUAGAGAGCGGUGACUGUGUAGCCAAGGCGAUUGAGAUUCUGACAGUAGGAGGUGUGGGGAAACAUGGAGACCACACACACAAACAGACUAGGGAUAGGCAAUUUACAUGUUUUGCCUGCUCGAAUGGGAGAGAAAAAAUCAAGAUGUGCAAAGCUGAUAGAGACAUACCCAUGACCACUCAAAGCUGUAAUCGCUGCCAAAGGUGCUUCUAUAAAGUAUUGACUUAGUGGCGUGAAUACUUAUGUCAAUUGGAUAUUUUUAAAAUGGGGUAUUGUGUGUAGAUGGGUGAGCUUUCUUUUUAACAUAAUCCAUUUUGAAUUCAGUCUGUAACACAAUAGAAUGGGGUAUGAACACUUUCUGAAUUUUUCCACAUUUUGUUACGUUACAGCCUUAUUCUAAAAUGGAUUAAAUUGUUUUUUCCCUCAUCAAUCUACACACAAUACUCCAUAAUGACAAAGCAAAAGUUUUGCAAAUGUAUUAAAAAUAAACAAUGGAAAUAUCAUAUUUACAUACACUACCGUUCAAAAAUUUGGGGUCACUUAGAAAUGUCCUUGUUUUCGAAAGUCCAUUGUCCAUUAAAAUAACAUCAAAUUGAUCAGAAAUACAAUGUAAACAUUGUUAAUGUUGUAAAUGGCUAUUGUAGCUGGAAACUGCUGAUUUUUUUAUGGAAUAUCUACAUUUAUCAGCAACCAUCAGUCCUGUGUUCCAAUGGCACGUUGUGUUUGCUAAUCCAAGUUUAUCAUUUUAAACUGAAGAUCUCGUAUAACGCUGUGUACUACUCCCUUCACAGAACAGCACAAACUGGCUCUAACCAGAAUAGAAAGAAGAGUGGGAGGCACCGGCCCCGGUGCACAACUGAGCAAGAGGACAAAUACAUUAGUGUCUAGUUUGAGAAACAGGCGCCUCACAGGUCCUCAACUUGCAGCUUCAUUAAAUAGUACUCGCAAAACACCAGUCUCAACGUCAACAGUGAAGAGGGAGAAGAAAAAGCCAUAUCUCAGACUGGCCAAUAAAAAUAAAAGAUUAAGAUGGGCAAUCUGAGAUAUGUAUUUUUCUUUGCAACUCAGCCUAGAAGGUCAGCAUCCCGGAGUCGCCUCUUCACUGUUGACGUUGAGACUGGUUUCUCAAACUAGACACUAAUGUAUUUGUCCUCUUGCUCAGUUGUGCACCGGGGCCUCCCACUCCUCUUUCUUUUCUGGUUAGAGCCAGUUUGCGCUGUUCUGUGAAGGGAGUAGUACACAGCGUUGUACGAGAUCUUCAGUUUCUUGGCAAUUUCUCGCAUGGAAUAGCCUUCAUUUUCUCAGAACAAGAAUAGACCUGCGAGUUUCAGAAGAAAGUUAUUUGUUUCUGGCCAUUUUGAGCCUGUAAUCAAACCCACAAUUGCUGAUGCUCCAGAUACUCAACUAGUCUCAAGAAGGCCAGUUUUAUUGCUUCUUUAAUCAGCACAACAGUUUUCAGCUGUGCUGACAUAAUUGCAAAAGGGUUUUCUAAUGAUCAAUUAGCCUUUUAAAAUGAUAAACUUGGAUUAGCAAACACAACGUGCCAUUGGAACACAGGACUGAUGGUUGCUGAUAAUGGGCCUCUGUACGCCUAUGUAGACAUUCCAUUAAAAAUCAGCCGUUUCCAGCUACAAUAGCCAUUUACAACAUUAACAAUGUCUACACUGUAUUUCUGAUCAAUUUGAUGUUAUUUUAAUGGACAAGAAAAAUGCUUUUCUUUCGAAAACAAGGACAUUUCUAAGUGACCUCAAACAUUUGAACGGUAGUGUAAGUAUUCAGACCCUUUACUCAGUACUUUCGUGAAGCACCUUUGGCAGCGAUUACAGCCUUGUGUCUUCUUGGGUAGGACGUUACAAGCUUGGCACACCUGUAUUUUGGGAGUGGGAUAGUGUGUGUUCACAGCGUGACCUCUGACCUCUUUCAGGGAUAAUCUGUUGAAUGCACAUGGCGGGCGGCAGCCGGGGAAACCCCUGGCAGGGCUCAGAAUACUGGACGUAGGCUGUGGAGGGGGGCUGCUCACUGAGGUAAAACGUGUGUCUUGUCUUUUUGUGUGUGUGUGUGUAUGAAUGAGAUAGAUAUGCAGUCUGAUGCUGCUGUGGACAACAGACUCCUAUCCCUAUACGCCUGCUUGGAAAUUCCAAUUGUUUGAAUUGCAAGCUAUCAAAUCAGAUUGAGCUUCACUUUGAAUGUAGCCCGUACAGUACAAUUCUGCUUGUGAUGCAAGCCUUUUCCUUGCUCUACUUGCUCUACCAGUUGCUAAUAAUAUGUUUAAAUGUCAACUACAUUCAUAUUCUUUCUCAGUUUGACUGGUCAGGGUUUGGUGGAAAGGACAGUUUGUUGUUUAUGUGUUUGUUAGUUUUUGAUAACUUCACAUCUGCAAACGAUUGCAUUUGUUUCCUUGCUCUUAUUUGAAGUGAACACAUACCAGCAGUUCUGUUUUAUUUGAGGAGACAACUUCAGGUCUGAUAUAGCUCUUUAUCACACACUAACACACAAGCUAUUACACACACACACACACACAGACAGAGAGAGAAACAGACACACACACAGUCUAUGUUAGACUUUGGAAUGUAUGAGUCCGUCUCAGAGAAUCGCGUCGUUAGGGAAGUUCCCUUCAGAAGAGAUCAGCUGUGGAAGGAUGGAGAUUGGCUGCGGGCGAGCAGGCAGCAUGACGCUGUAAACACACGUGCCACGCCGUACACACAUUUAGCCAGAAGGGGGCACUGCCUCUCUCUCCCUCUCUACCUUCCUUCCAGCACUUCACUCACCAAAUAGACUGUUAGUGUUCUUUCAAGGGUCAGGUAUUCGUCAUUCUAUUCUAGAAUCCAUAUGUAUAAACUCUCUCACUUUCGCUCUCUUUUGUGGCUUCCAUCACGGUACUCUAUAGACUGACAGUGUUCUUUCAAGGGCCAAGUAUUCAUCAUUUUAUUCUGGAAUCCAUGAUAAUCCAAUUACAGUGCCUUCAGAAAGUAUUCACACCCCUUGAGUUUUUCAACAUUUUGUUGGGUACAGCAUGAAUUUAAAAUGGAUUAAAUUGAGAUUGUGUGUCACUGAUCUACACACAAUACCUCAUAAUGAUUUGUUUUGGUAAUUUUUUUAAAAACAAAUGUAUUAAAAAUGAAAAGUUGAAACGUCUUGAGUCAAUAAGUAUUCAACCCCUUUGUUAUGGCAAAUCUAAAUAAGUACAGGAGUAAAAAUGUGCAUAACAAGUCACAUAAGUUGCAUGGACUCACUCUGUGUGCAAUAAUAGUGGUUAACAUGAUUUUUGAAUGACUACCCCAUCUCUGUAUCCCCACACGUACAGUUAUCUGUAAGGUCCCUCAGUCGAGAAGUGAAUUUCAAGCACAGAUUCAACCACAAAGACCAGGGAGGAAUUUCCAAUACCUCACAAAGAAGGGCACCUAUUGGUAGAUGGCUGUAAUUUAAAAAAGCAGACACUGAAUAUCCCUUUGAGCAUGGUGAAGUUAUGAAUUGCAUUUUGGAUGGUGUAUCAAUACACCCAGUCACUACAAAUAUACAGGUUUCCUUUCUAACUCAGUUGCCUGAGAGGAAGGAAACCGCUCAGGGAUUUCACCAUGAGGCCAAUGGGGAUUUUAAAACAGAUUACAGAGUUUAAUGGCUGUGAUAGGUGAAAACUGAGGAUGGAUCAACAACAUUGUAGUUACUCCACAAUACUAACCUCAAUGACAGAGUGAAAUGAUGGAAGCCUGUACAGAAUAAAAAUAUUCCAAAACAUGCAUCCUGUUUGAAAUAAGGCAAUAAAGUACUGCUAAAAAUACUGUAAAAAAUGUGGCAAAGAAAUUAACUUUUUGUCCUGAAUACAAGGCGUUAUGUUUGGGGCAAACACAACACAUCACGGAGUACCACUCUUCAUAUUUUCAAGCAUGGUAGUCGCUGCAUCAUGUUAUGGGUAUGCUUGUCAUCGGCAAGGACUAGGGAGUUAUUUAGGAUAAAAAUAAAUGGAAUAGAGCUAAGCACAGGCAAAAUCCUAGAGGAAAAUCCUGGUUCAGUCUGCUUUACACCAGACACUGGGAGACAAAUGUACCUUUCAGCAGGACCAUAACCUAAAACACAAGGCAAAAUAUUAACUGGAGUUGCUUACCAAGACAACAUAGAAUUUUCCUGUGUGGCCUAGUUACAGUUUUGACUUAAAUCGGCUUGAAAAUCUAUUGCAAGACAUGAAAAUCGCUGUCUAGCAAUGAUCAACAACCAACUUCACAGAGCUUGAAUCAUUUUAAAAAGAAUGUGCAAUAUUGUACAAUCCAGGUAUGCAAAUCUCCUAAAGACUUUACCCAAAAACACUCACAGCUGUAAUCUCUGCCAAAGGUGAUUCUAAUUGAUCUAAUCAAGAUAUAUUAGUGUUUUACUUUUAAUAAUAAAAAAAAAAUGUAUUGUAGAAUUCUUCUUCCACUUUGACAUUACAGAGUAUUGUGUGUAGGGAUCAUUGACAAAAUGUGCCCAUUAAAUCCAUUUUAAUCCCACUUUGUAAGAUAACAUAAAAUGUGUAAAAAGUCAAGGGGUGUGAAUACUUUCUGAAGGCACUGUAUGUAUAAACUCACUUCCUCCUCCCUCCCUCUUCCUUAACCCUCCCUCCUUCUUCCUCUACCCUCCAUCCCGCCCUCUCUCCCAACCUCCCAGCCCUUGGGUAGACUGGGGGCAGAUGUGCUGGGUAUUGACCCGGUGGCAGACAGUAUUGGGACAGCGGAGGUACAUGCGUGGCAUGAUCCAGACCUGCGUGGCAACGUGCGCUACCGCGCUAUCACCCUGGAGGAGCUCUCUGAAAAGGGGGGGCAGGGAGCGGGGCAGUUUGAUGCCGUGGUGGCCUCGGAGGUGGUGGAACAUCUGGCCGACCUGGAAACCUUCACGCUCUGCUGCAACCAGGUGCUCAAGGUGGGUCAUGUGACUCGUCUCACAUUCCACACACUCGCGUGUGAUGUGGUCAUGUGACUGUUCUCUCUGAUUGUUGAGUGGAUCAGUCGCUUCAUUGAGUUAACCAUGUACCAGGUGGUGUGUGUCAGCACAUAAGUGUGUGACCGUGUGUAUGAACGUGCGUGUGUGUGUGUGUGUGUUAUGGAUCAGUGUGUCGGAGGACAAAUGAGUUGAGAGAGAGAGCCCAAAUCUUCCUAAUCUCCUCUAAUACUAUUGCAUCCAGAUUCUCACUCUCUCUGGCCCAAAUCUCUCACCCGCUCUUUUAACACUGACCAUCAGAAAUAUAAUUUGUUCUGUACAAUGUCAUGUUUAAAAUAGCUUUAUUGGUUGAGAAGUAAACCAGCUCUCAUCUCUCCUUGUUACAGUUGUGUGUACAGUCUCUGAUGUGUUAGAUGAAGCAUUCAAAGCCUGUCUCCUUUACCUGAUCUUUCAGUUGUUUUUGUUCUAUUGAAGUCUUAUCUAUCAGAGUUGUCGCUGCCUCUCAAUUGACAACAAUAGUGCCAUUCAUUAGGGUACACAACGAAAAACAUUUUGCAACAGAAAAUGAGCAUUUCUUAUUGGACCAGGUACCAGUCCAGGUAGUCUCUCCUGGUUUGUUUUCUUCUGUUUGGUGCUUAAUGAACACAACCCUGGGUUGUAACGGUCUCCCUCCUGUGUGCAGCCAGGAGGCUCUCUCUUCAUCACCACCAUCAACAAGACCCAGCUGUCGUACGCCCUGGCCAUCGUGGCAGCAGAGGAGGUGCUGCGCAUCGUGCCCAGCGGGACCCAUGACUGGAACAAGUUUGUCAGCCCCGUGGAGCUGGAGUGCCUGCUAGAGUCCAGUGAGUCAGCCUGCUCUUCAUCCAAAUGCUGCUGCUCCUCUUCCUCACUCUCCUCCUAGCUCUUUCUACUGUCCCUUUGGACUCUUACUAUUGUGCUGGUGCCUCUUUUUGAAUGCAUACUGGUGUCUUUGUUUGGCUCAGUCUCAUUCUUUCGUUAUCACUUUCCAAUAGGAGGUUGUGUGUGACCGUCUGUCUCUAUCGCUCUCUGUCUUUUCAAUUGUCCCAUUCUCUUAUUUCUCAUCCUCUCUUUCUCACCCAUUCUCUCUCUAUUUCUCUCUGACCCAUUCCUCUCUAUCUCUACUCCAUCCCAGAUGGUUUCCAUGUGGAGUCUAUCCGAGGGAUGCUGUAUAACCCUCUGUCAGGGGCCUGGAGCUGGAUAGAGAGCACCAGCAUCAACUACGCCUUGCACGCGGUCAAACUCGAGGAGGAACCGAACCCCGACGAGGACGACCCCGAAGACCCCACCGUGAUAGUGGCCCAAGCUAAGGCCAGACGCUGGUACAACUGACUUGACCAUGGGAGAUGGAGAGAGAGUGGUCAUAAGUGGUCAGCUGCAGCACAGAUCCUCUGGAUCUCUAAAGGGACUGAAGGGAAAGGCAAUGGACCUGAAAAACACAAAGUCUAUGAGAAAGUUACAUAGUUCAGAGCUUGAUACAAGUAUAUGAUGGUGUUUUCUUUCAGCCAGGCCAUGAUUAUUCUGUGAGUUCACAGCAUAAUGAGUCCCCCUGAAUUGCGUGAACUGUUUAACCUUUCGAGGCUUGUCAUUACAAUGUCAUAUGUUAUGGUAGAAGUGUUCAUCACUGUGAUUGACAUCUCAGGUCUCUGAUUUACUAUUGAGCAAGAUGUUUUACUUCAAAUACAGUCAUAAUGUGUCUGUUCAUCAAAAUCCAUCAUGUGGAUAUUGUUUAUAUCUUGACAUGCUUAUCAUAUCCUCCAUUAGGAAAUGAAAUCGUUUUCUUUACGAUUCUCUGAUCUGAUGAUUAUUGCUCUCUAGUGUCAUUUCAACAGUGUGAAGAUCUAGUCCAAAUCAGUGAUGUGAUGUUUCAGUUGUGAAUAAGUCCUGUGUUGAAAUUCAGGAUCUGAGUAGAGGGCUCUUUAUAUUAGAAAAUUCUUUAAAUUUUCUGUCCACAUAUUUUCUGCUAAUCCAUGAAAUAUGGGAGGGGGAGAUCAGGCUCCUUCAGCCUUCUCUCUCUUGUUUGCUCUCUGUAGCCAUGGUGACUUUUAGAUAAUAAUUGGCUUCUUGCUGAACUAUUACAUAAGACCCAAACAAGCCUCCAACUAAACUAAAUCAUGCUUGGAAGUUAUUCUUCAAAACAGACACAAUCAUUGGCUGGAUGUUUCAAGAAGUACAGUCACAGUAGUGUAUUUGAUCCUCCACAGAUAGACUUAGUGUUUCUGUUAUAUAUUUUUCCAUUUGUAUUUUUCCAUUUGCCCUUCUUAUAUGUAGACAACGCCCAGGACAGUGUGCUGGAAUGCAAAAGAGGUACAUGUUUUUUUUCCUCAUGACACAAAUGUUAUUCAAGUCACAUGCCCAACUGGCUUCUAACAAGUUGCAUUUAAAAGCUGUUCAUUGUAUGUCCAAACUAUUGAUUGUGGGUCGAUGUAGGCUAUAGUACAGUCCAGGGAUGGUUUUCCGUCUCAUACCUAAGCAGCCUAAGAUUGCUCUGCCAUAAAUUUAGCAGACCAGGUUUGAACAGGAUGAACAUGUACAACUGGUCCAAUACAGUGUAGUCUACCGCCAGUGAUAUGAGCGCUCGCCCACGAAGCCGAUGAAGUGCGCACGCUUCUUGCAGUAUGGCUGCGCAGUAAGGAUUUUGGAUGUAUAGGCCUUCUAAUGGAAUAUAUCUAUUUCAAUAUUUAAAGAAAAAGUUAAUCUACACAAAGCUAUAAUAAACGGAUUAUUGAAUACGAUUUCAGAACGACUAUGAAUCGGUUUGAAAAGCAUUUAUUAUGAGGUGCGAUGCUGAUUUCAAACAGAACCGGUUUGGGAAAAGCACAGCGCACGGAUGCAGGCGGCACUUGGUUGGCACCAAUGAUUUAUAUAUACACUAGAUGACUGAUAGGGGGCGCUGUGUUGAA